ACGCGCGUGGUGCGCCCGGUAUCUUUCGUACGAGUUAGUAGCAUGUCGUCAGGUUUGAAGCAUGCAGUCAAGUCGCGAGUGCAUCUUGAGCGAGGCGCGCCGCGGCACCGGCAGCGGUACGGGCUGCUGGAGAAGCACAAGGACUACAAACUCAGAGCCAGGAACUACCACGCAAAGGAGAAACAACUGAGUGAGCAAGUCACCACACCCUGGCUGAGUGAAUGCUGUCAACUGCGCUGUUCCCGCUGUGGUUGGGUGUUUGUGUACUGUUGUUGUGGUUUGACAGGCAUUCUUCAGGAGAAGGCCCGCUCCCGCAACCCCGAUGAGUUCUACUUCAAGAUGGUCAACGCAUCCUCCAAGGUACUACGUGACCUGUGUGAAGGAAGGCACGUAGCGGGGAGAGGGAGGCGGCACACACACACGCACCCAUGUGCUUGUGUGUGCGCCCGUGUGUGUUUGUUUGCCUCGUGUGUGUCGAUUGAUUGAUUGAUUGAUUGAUUGAUUGGCCCGUGCGGUACGUACGUCCGUCCUUACGGGAUGGCGUGUACCAGAAGCCGUCGGGUCCCGGGCAAAGCAAGGGCCAGCAGAGGCUGAUGGACACGCAGAACCUGGCCUAUGUGGCCAUGCGAAAGAGCGUCGACGACAAGGUAGGGUGGAUGGAGACAGAAACGGCCUCUCCCUCUGUGUCGCAUGGCCAUCCAUGCAUCCAUGGUUGCGUGCAGCGGGUGGAAGCCCUUGAGUCUGAGCUGCAUCGGACUGGCGAGGCACGACAAAAUCGGCGAUGGGUCUUCCACGACUCGGACGACGACGCACGCGAAAGGGAAGGGCCAGGCCCCACGAAGAAGAGACGUCUUGAAAGCAAAGGGGGGAUGCAACAAGACAGCAGCAGCAGCAGCAGCCCUGCACAGCCGAGCAGCAGCGCGGCUGCUAGGGGCGACCAUCAAGUCGGCAGAGCGGGUGAUGGAGCGGCCCUAAUGUACCAAGAGGUGGGUGGGUAGGUAGGGGGUGGCAGUGCAGUGCGGGCCUGCCUUCCAAGGCGUGUGUUGUGUUGUGUAUGCUUGUGGUUAGGUUGAGAGGCGAAAGCGGCGGGCUGUGUCGUACCAGCGAGUCAUCGACAAUCUGACAGAGAGGAGAAAAGGACGAGACCACCGAAAGAAGAACGAGCGACUCCGGUGACUGAUGGAUGCUAUGCAAUCAAUAUACUCGCAGUGUUCUCGGGGACGGGCAAGGCAAGAAGGACAGAACAGACAGGACGGGCUGCCUCUUUUUGUUGUGUCGAGUGGCGAGAAGCGGGGCAUGGUACUGAUUGCUGUAGUGACUCAUGACAUAAAAGACAUACAUGCAUUCGUACAUUCAUACGCACAUGUAUACCGCCUUAUAGCC